GGGAGACUAUUUCGGGGCAGCUUGUCGGGGCAGCGGUGAAACGGAAGCCUCCGCAAACCCUAGGCGUUGAUUUCGUGUGUUCUUCUCCCAAUUGAUCGAUUUCCUCUUCUUUUCCGUCUCUCCAUGUCGAAAAGAGUUCUUUGCAAGUUCUUUGCGCAUGGGGCAUGCCUGAAAGGGGAACACUGUGAUUUCUCACAUGAUUGGAAAGAUCAGGCCAACAAUAUAUGUACUUUUUAUCAAAAGGGGGUUUGCACGUAUGGCAGUCGUUGCAGAUAUGACCAUGUUAAGGUUACUCGGCACCAGCCUUCUGUGCCAUCUUCAUCAUCAAAUGCCCAUCCUCGUGCAGUACUAAGCUCUAACCAAAUUGUCCAUCCUACUGAAGUUGUUACGGUGAAUGAGCAAACUACACGACAUGCAAGUGGUCAUGGGAAAGCCGCAUGGACCCCCCAAAGUAAUGAAGCUCAUGCUUUUCAGGAUAGUGAGGAUAGACAUUGCCCUGCUUCACUUGCUGACCAACCAAUCUGUUCAUUUGCUGCUGCUGGUAGUUGUCCGCAUGGUGAAAAUUGUGCACAUAUUCAUGGAGACUUGUGUGCCAUAUGUGGAAAGCAGUGCUUGCAUCCAUACAGGCCGGAUGAACGAGAAGAGCAUAUUAAGCUUUGCACAAAAAAUAAUAUGAGGCUUGAAGCUUUGAGACUUAGCCAGGACAUAGAGUGUUGUGUAUGCUUGGAACGUGUGCUUUUGAAACCCACUGCUGCUGAGCGCAAGUUUGGAUUGCUAUCAGAAUGCGACCAUCCUUUCUGUAUUUCAUGCAUUCGGAAUUGGCGUAGCAAUUCUCCAGCAUCUGGUAUGGAUGUCAAUGCCGCAUUAAGGGCAUGUCCGAUAUGCCGUAAGCUGUCAUACUUUGUGAUCCCAAGUGUUAUUUGGUAUUCAUCAAAGGAGGAAAAACAAGAGAUAAUUGACAACUACAAAGCUAAGCUUCAGUCGAUCGAUUGCAAAUACUUUGAUUUUGGGAACGGGACAUGCCCUUUCGGGACUAGUUGCUUCUACAAGCACAAAUACAAGCCGCACUUAAACAGGCCCCGUCCACGUAGGCCUCGUACAUAUCAGCCUCAUAUGAACAGGCACAGAGGGGUAGCCAUAGAAGAAGAGGAGCUGUCUGAUCUGGUCAGACUAGCCAUGAUUGAAGAAGGACUUCGUGAAUUUGGCAGUCAUCUUGAUCUGGAUGAAGUCAUAGAUGAAGAAGAAUUACCGGACUUUGCCAGACUAGUCAUGGACGAAGACGGACUAGUGGAUCUUGCCAGACUAGUCAUGGCUGAAGAUGGACUCCUGGACCCCUCGGACCUUGAUGAUGAUGAUGUUCACAACUUGUCGGAGAUGUUUCUGUUCAUGCAGCUAGGCCUUAGUAAUCAGGACUCUUUGAGUGAUGAUGAUGAGAUCUAAUCCCUGGAGCACAUUAUAUUCCAUCAGUUGUAGUAACCUAGAUAUUUAUUUCCAUUAGUUUGCUCUAGCCUUUUCAAGAUGCAAACAACCUUAUCUUUUUGCUGUUGUACAACCUGUGGCUUAUUCACGCUCUCAUUUGAAGACAGGAAGAGAACAUUUGAUUUCCCAGGCUUAGAUUAUAUAAGUGUAUCUGGUGAGUAGUGAAGGUGAUGGUUUUUGCUGCAGUAAAAAUGGAGUGAUAAACUGGCAUUUUAAGGAAUGAGACUUUUUUA